ACAGCGCACCACGUUCCCCGUGUCCACUCCCACACCGUGCUCGGCUCUUACUGCGUUUAUCUCAGUAAUUACAGAUUAACGUAGAAUCCGAAGAGUUUAUUUGAGCUACAGCAGUUUCGUUCAUUGCAUCUCAUUUCCCCACACAGCUGAAACAUGAGCUAUCACAAACCCGACGAGAAAACUCUGCAGGGCCUGAAAGACAUCGCGAACAAGCUCAGGAUUCACUCCAUCAAGGAAACAUGCGCCUCAAACUCCGGACAUCCCACCUCAUGCUGCAGCGCUGCAGAGCUCAUGUCAGUGCUGUUCUUCCACACCAUGCGCUACAAAGCCGACGAUCCUCGUAACGCUUGCAAUGACCGCUUCAUCUUGUCCAAGGGCCAUGCUGCUCCCAUUCUGUAUGCUGCCUGGGCAGAGGCUGGAUUCAUCAAAGAGUCGGAGCUGCUAAAUCUACGUAAGAUUGACAGUGACUUGGAGGGUCACCCCACUCCUAAACUGGCGUUUGUGGAUGUGGCGACAGGUUCUCUUGGCCAGGGUUUGGGUGCUGCGUGUGGUAUGGCCUACACUGGAAAGUACUUUGAUAAAUCUAGCUACCGUGUGUUCUGCCUGAUGGGAGAUGGUGAGUGUUCAGAAGGGUCCGUGUGGGAAGCCAUGGCUUUUGCCUCCUAUUACAAGCUUGACAAUCUGGUGGCCAUCCUUGAUGUGAACCGUCUGGGCCAGAGUGAAGCAGCUCCACUGCAGCACAACAUGAACACCUACAAGGAGCGCUGCGAGGCCUUCGGCUUCAACACUUAUGUGGUGGAUGGCCAUGAUGUGGAGGAGCUGUGCAAGGCGAUGUGGCAUGCCAAACAAAUAAAAGGGAAGCCCACUGCCAUUGUAGCCAAAACAUUUAAAGGCAAAGGUCUCAAAGACAUUGAGGAUCAGGAUAACUGGCAUGGGAAGCCUAUGCCUAAAGACCGUGCGGAAGAGCUGAUUAAUCACCUCCUGAGUCAGAUCCAGUCCCCCAAUAAGCCCAUCCACCCUCAACUGCCUAAUGAUGAUGCUGCUCCAGCUGACCUCACACCCAUCCACCUGCUCACCCCUCCAGAGUACAAGAUCGGAGACAAGGUCUCCACUAGGAAGGCGUAUGGUGUUGCCCUGAAGAGAAUAGGGGAUGCCAGCCCUCGUGUGGUGGCCCUGGAUGGUGACACCAAGAACUCAACCUUCUCUGAUAUAUUCAAGAAGGCCCAUCCUGAUCGCUACAUUGAGUGCUUCAUUGCAGAGCAGAACAUGGUGAGUGUGGCUAUUGGUUGUGCCACUCGUGAUCGCACGGUUGCAUUCGCCAGCACUUUUGCCGCCUUCUUCGCUCGUGCCUAUGACCACAUCCGCAUGGCAGCGAUCUCCCAGUCUAACGUCAACCUGGUCGGCUCUCACUGUGGCGUUUCCAUUGGUGAGGAUGGCCCCUCGCAGAUGGCACUGGAGGAUCUCGCAAUGUUCCGUGCCAUUCCUACAUGCACAGUGUUUUACCCUAGUGAUGGAGUAUCUACCGAGAGAGCCGUGGAACUUGCAGCCAAUACAAAGGGUAUCUGUUUCAUCCGCACCAGUCGACCUGACACUGCAGUCCUCUAUGAUGCUGGAGAGAAAUUUGAAAUUGGAAAAGCCAAAGUGGUGCGGCAGUCCAACAAAGAUCAGGUGACCGUUAUUGGAGCUGGUGUAACACUGCAUGAGGCUCUGAAAGCAUAUGAGCAACUAGCCAAAGAAGGUGUGAACAUUCGGAUUAUCGAUCCAUUCACCAUUAAGCCCCUGGAUGCCUCUACUAUUGUAGCAAGUGCUCGUGCCACAGGAGGAAGGGUGAUAACUGUAGAGGACCACUACAAAGAGGGUGGUCUGGGCGAGGCUGUCCUGUCUGCAGUGGGUGAAGAGCCUGGCAUUGUGGUGCACCGGCUGGCAGUGAGCCGUGUUCCCAGGAGCGGCAAACCGGAGGAGCUUCUGGACAUAUUUGGCAUCAGUGCCAAAUGUAUCAUUGCGGCAGUCAAACGUACUUUCGCCAACUGAAACUCUUUGAACCACCCUGAACAUCACCCUUCUUCUUUCUCCAUUCCUAACCCAGACUUUAGAGAUAAGCUCACCAUCCGUAUCAUUCCAGAAGCUCACGACUUGCAAAUAUACCUAACUUUAUAGUGUGUGGACAUUCUCUAACUUGUGCACUAUAGUCAAGUGUCACCUAUAGCUCUGAAAUGCUUACAAAAUGUCAUUAUCAGGUUUGCCUUCUUGAAAUCUUUAAUACUGCAUUAUUAGUGGUUUUUAAAGGUUUGAAAGUUUAUCAGUGUAUUCUUGGAUUAAAUCAGAGUUCAUUCCAGUUCAAGCUGAACAAAAAAAAAAAAAAAGAGACCAUUUCAUAUUGUCAUUUUAUUAUUUGUCAUUUCUUGCUUUUUACUGUUUGCUUCCUGUAUUACAACCCAGUCUCCUGAUAACUGAAAUAAAUUUGGAUUUGGUGCUUUCAGGGAGUAAUAAAGUAUAGCUUUUUUUUUCUUCUUUUACUGCUGUUGCAUUAAACUACUGGACAGCCUGGUUUGUACAUGAUUGGUUUGGUUUUGGUGACUUGAUAAAAGGUAUCAUGUUAAAGAGACCUCUCUGUUGCUUGUUUGAACCUGUAGUUUUUCACAGAAUUUGAUGUAAUGUGUGUUAAUAAAUUCGACUGCCCAGCUAA